AUGGGGGAAGCAAUUACUGACUGCAAGCCGUUAUCCAGGACCCCGGGCGCGGAUCUCCACGUUCUUCAUUACCUUCCAACAAACUGGGAGCUGUUCUUCUCGGCGAAUCAGCAGCCAUGGCACAGGUACCAAAACGAGGGACUCUCGAAACCCGUUGCGGAGUCUCUUGUCAGAUUUGCGGACUUGACAGGCCUCCAUGCCUAUAACGGCUUAACUGCCAUUGCCCGCACUUCCUCAAACAUGGAGGUGUUUUAUUACUCUGAGGGCGACAACGUUAUCCACAGCCGUUUCUGGACAUCAGGUGGUGGCUGGGGCAACUCUGGUGUAGACAAAGCCAUCCAAGCUGCCCCGGGCACUCAUAUUGAGGGAAUCUCUCGUGAAUCAUCGCACAUGGAGAUCUUCUACGUUGGAACCAAUGGCAACCUCAUGCACUCCUACACUACCAAUUCCGGUAGCAAGUGGGUGAUUGAUCAGGACAUUGUAGAUGGCGCCCAUGGGAAGCCCACGAACAAGGGUUUCGGAGCUCUUACCAGAAACGACCAGAGUGCGGAGGUUUGGUGGAUCACCACGGAUGGUGCCAUCAACUAUGCCCCCUGGGACCCUCUCAACAGCUGGGAGUACGGCAAUUUGCGAGCAGCUGGUACAGCACAUACCAGCUCUGGCAUGGCCGUUCUCGCGCGAAGCAACGUCCGCAAGAAUAUCUUCUAUAUCGGAAAUGACAACCAGGUGUACCAGGGCUACUGGAAAAGUGAACAGCCCACUAUUUGGACAUUCGAGAAGCUGUCAGACCUCACUGCUGCUCCGGGCUCGUUGACGGCCGCCUCCAUGAACAGCCAGCACAUGGAGGUGUUCUGGACCGCUCCAGAUGGUUCUGUUAACCACGCAUACUGGUAUGAGAGCACAGGAAAGUGGACUAGCAGUUCCUUGGCUGGUAGCGGUAUUCGCUGCGUGCCCGGUAGCUCCAUUACUUCCACAUCUCGCAAGGAUGGGUGCAUGGAUAUCUUCUGCGCUACAUCAGACGGCUAUACUCAACAGUUCUCCUACUCCUAG